AUGGCAUCAGACGAGCGUGAGGCUGUCUUCUCUCUUGAAUCACCCGAGCCGGAGGAAGACGGUAGCCCUCGCGGCGGAGGAGGUGGAGGAGGAGAGACUGAUUCCGACGAGGUUAUGCCUGAGCCUAACGAGGCCGACGACGAAGACGAUCAUGAAUACGAAGAUCUGAAUUCUCCCUUAGUUUCCGCCACGGCCAAGUCCUCCGCAACAAACACCGUGACCGUCGCUCUUCCCGCCGGAUCCGCCGUCCCCGUCGCCGCCAUUCCCGUUGAUUCCGACCCCAAAUGGCACCGUACUACGACGACGGAGAUCGUCCAUCUGAGGCCACCACCGAUCGACGAUUCAAGACGCCUUUUCCAGAGGCUGUGGACGGACGAGGACGAGAUAGAGCUCCUCCGAGGGUUUCUUGACUACAUCACGAGCCACCGUGGUAGCAGCUCGCAUCCUCCCGACACGGCGCCGUUUUACGAGCAGAUCAAGUCGAAGCUUCAGCUUGAGUUCAACAAGAACCAGCUUGUGGAGAAGCUACGGAGGUUGAAGAAGAAGUACCGUAACGUGAUGAGCAAGUUCAGCUCGGGUAAAGAGGUGGUCUUCAAAAGCUCUCAUGAUCAAGCCACUUUCGAUAUCUCUAGGAAGAUUUGGAACCAGACGGGGAAGAUCAUUGGGUUUGAAGAUAACAAUGUGAUGGAGUUUGAGGAAACUAAUAACCACAUUAAUGGUAAUAAUGCUAAUGUGGACGUUGAUUCUGAAAACGUGUUGGAAAAGAAAGGGUCUAGUGGGUCGAGGAAACGACCAAGAUCAAGGAUAGGGAAGAUUGAUGAAGACAAACCCAUCUCUCUGUCUGAUGCACCAGUGCCAAAUGCAGCUACUAAUGUUGAGAAUGUGUCUGUCUUUGGUGAGUUGAGUGAUGGAAGGAAUCUAGGAGGGUUGAUAGAAGAGACGGUGAAGAGUUGUGUAUCGCCAUUGAUCAAAGAGAUGAUGAAUGGUACGACGGGGAUGAUGAUGGCUGCGGUAGGAGGAUAUCCAGGAGGUGGUGGUGCUCAUGGUAUGGGUGUGUUAAGCCCAAUGUUAAUGCCGUCACUAAAUCCACUAGGGUUUGGUGGUGGUGGAGGAGGAGUAGGGGAUGAACGGUGGAGGAGACAGCAGAUUCUUGAGUUGGAAGUUUACUCGAGGAGAUUAGAGUUGGUUCAAGAGCAGAUUAGAGCCACAGUCAAUGAGUUAAAGACAAUGCCUAGUGGAGGAUGA